AUGGGCGGAAUGGGCGUGGUGGUUACCAAGGCGAUCUUGCAGUCCGGAGCCGAUGUGAUUGCCAUUGAUCGCGACGCAGAGCCCAAGGAUUCUCAAAAAGAAGACUUACAACGAACCGCAAAGAGCAACGGAACCAUCGUGGCCUACUACCAAUGCGACAUAGCCAAUCUAGAGUCCACCCACGCUGUCUUUGAAGAGGCCGUCGCCUCAGCCCGAUACCCCCUGCGCGGACUGGUCAACUGCGCCGCGAUCGGUUGGGUUGGCCCGACCAUCAGCUUCUCUACUGAGGAGGCGAAACGAAUCAUCGAUGUUAACCUCAUUGGUACGCUGAUAUGUGCGCAGGCUGCGGCACAACUGGUCAAGAAGCACAGUUUCUCCGCCAGCUUUGUCUUUAUCGCGAGCAUGAGCGGAUACGUGGUUAAUAAGGGGACUCCAAAUGCGGCAUAUGCCGCCUCCAAAGCUGGCGUACAUCAGCUCACCCGCAACAUGGCGUCGGAAUGGAGCUCCACGACAGAAGACGGACCUUCAAUCCGGGUUAACUCGGUCAGCCCGGGCGUCAUCCGCACACCGAUGACAGCGAGCGUGCUGUCCAACAGCAACUUUGAAAAGAUGUGGACCGAGGAGACAAUGCUGAAGCGGCUAUCCGUGCCUGAAGACUAUAGAGGUCCCAUAGUCUUCUUGCUCUCUGAUGCGAGCUCAUAUAUCACGGGGGGGGACUUGUUGGUAGACGGGGGAUACACGCAGUGGUGA